CUCCGUGGACUCUGAGGGCGAGCCCCGACUGUCGGGAGCUGGGCUAGGAGCCCUCAGUCGGCCGGAGCUCUGGAUGUGGGCGCCAGACAAGCCCACGGCGCCUACCUCCAAGAUGGACAGCCGCUACACCAGCACCGCCGGCCUCGGGGAUUUAAACCAGCUGAGCGCAGCCAUCCCGGCCACACGAGUAGAGGUGUCCGUGUCCUGCAGAAAUCUUCUUGACAGAGACACAUUUUCUAAAUCUGAUCCAAUUUGUGUCUUGUAUGUACAAGGAGUUGGAAAUAAAGAAUGGAGAGAGUUUGGAAGGACUGAAGUAAUUGAUAAUACUUUAAAUCCUGAUUUUGUAAGAAAAUUUAUUCUGGACUACUUUUUUGAAGAAAGAGAGAAUCUUCGUUUUGACUUGUAUGAUGUUGAUUCGAAGAGUCCCAACUUGUCAAAACAUGACUUUCUGGGACAAGUGUUUUGUACAUUGGGGGAGAUUGUUGGUUCACAGGGAAGUCGCCUGGAAAAGUCCAUAGUAGGAAUUCCAGGGAAGAAAUGUGGUACAAUCAUCCUUACAGCAGAGGAAUUAAACUGUUGCAGAGAUGCUGUUCUGAUGCAAUUUUGUGCGAACAAAUUGGACAAGAAGGACUUCUUUGGAAAAUCAGAUCCUUUUCUUGUAUUUUAUCGAAGUAAUGAAGAUGGCAGUUUUACAAUUUGUCAUAAAACAGAAGUUGUCAAAAACACUCUGAAUCCUAUUUGGCAAGCAUUCAAGAUCUCAGUCAGAGCUUUAUGUAAUGGCGAUUAUGACAGAACAGUCAAAGUAGAGGUGUAUGACUGGGAUCGAGAUGGAAGUCAUGAUUUCAUUGGAGAAUUUACAACAAGCUAUAGGGAACUUUCUAGAGGGCAAUCACAGUUCAAUAUAUAUGAGGUGAUAAAUCCCAAAAAGAAAGGAAAAAAGAAGAAAUAUACUAAUUCAGGAACAGUCACCUUACUUUCUUUCUUGGUAGAAACAGAAGUUUCAUUCCUUGACUAUAUUAAGGGAGGAACACAAAUCAAUUUCACAGUGGCUAUUGAUUUUACUGCAUCAAAUGGCAACCCUACCCAACCCACUUCUCUCCACUACAUGAAUCCUUAUCAACUGAAUGCCUAUGGUAUGGCACUGAAAGCAGUGGGAGAAAUCGUUCAAGAUUAUGACAGUGAUAAAAUGUUCCCAGCUUUAGGUUUUGGUGCAAAACUGCCUCCAGAUGGAAGGAUAUCUCAUGAGUUUGCUUUGAAUGGGAACCCUCGAAACCCCUACUGUGAUGGCAUUGAGGGUGUCAUGGAGGCUUAUUAUAGGAGUCUGAAAUCUGUACAACUGUAUGGGCCAACCAACUUUGCUCCUGUAAUUAAUCAUGUAGCGAGAUAUGCUUCUUCUGUGAAGGAUGGCUCCCAGUAUUUUGUGCUACUGAUUGUGACAGACGGUGUUAUCUCAGAUAUGGCUCAAACUAAGGAGUCCAUAGUUAAUGCUUCAAAACUUCCAAUGUCAAUAAUUAUAGUAGGUGUUGGGCCAGCAGAAUUUGAUGCAAUGGUUGAAUUGGAUGGAGAUGAUGUAAGAGUUUCCUCCAGAGGAAAAUAUGCUGAAAGGGACAUUGUGCAGUUUGUGCCAUUCAGGGAUUAUAUUGACAGAAGCGGAAACCACAUACUCAGCAUGGCUAGAUUAGCUAAAGAUGUCCUAGCGGAGAUCCCAGAGCAGUUUCUCUCCUACAUGAGGGCCAGAGGAAUCAAGCCAUCGCCUGCACCUCCCCCGUACACCCCACCUACGCAUGUGUUACAUACUCAAAUAUGACUGUGCUCCGAAAUGCUAAUGUAACUACACUUCAGUUAGAACUGCUGAGUCCAUGCUUUUCUCCUGGUGCUCUAUAAGGAACUAGGGAAUGAGAUACUUUUCUCAGUUUGGUUUCAGCAGUAUUGGUUUGUAUGCUUUCUUGGAUCCAAAAUUUAUUAUCUUCCUAAACCAAAACUGUAAACUACGGUUGUUGCAUGAGCAACAGAAUAAUUGUUUAAAUGCUUGAAACAAAAUAUGGAUGUCUUCUCUGAAUCUUUAAAUGUUUUCUGGACAGAAACAGCUAAUUUCCAAUGUACUGUUGGGAAAAAGCACAACCUGUGUUUUUAACUCAAAUAUUGUCCUUGACUGCUAGGUAUAUAGGAAAGCAGUCUCUCUAUAUCAAUGUUUACAUGUUACUACUUUUUAAAUUCCAAUACUUUUAUAACUGUUCUUAAGAAUACAAGUUUUGAAUAUUGAAUCCUUUGCCUUCUAAAUUGCAAUAGCUAUAAUCACAAGAGCAAUAUCUCUUUGAAUGACUGUCUGGAGAAAUGCAAUUGCAAGCAAGGGAAGGUGAAGAUACUUUCAUAUUUCUCAGUAAGUGAAUUGUCUUAUGAAGCUGCAUCUGCUUAGUAAUCAGUUCCUCUGUGCCAUUUGCCAAGUAUGGGAGUUUACACUUAGCAGAUGUGUAUUCUGAAAGAACAUGCAUUUUUCAUGAAGUUUAGAUUCUAAAUUUAGGCUGCAAUUUGUUUAUGUUUUGUAAUGCUAAGUAGAAAUAAUAAAAAGUCAAACAUCGUGAACUGUAAAUGCACAGAAAAUACUUUGUGUAAAAAGUAGCAUCUUUAUAUUACAAUACCAUGUAGAAAGACUAAAAUCCAGAAUAUUUGACUGUGAACCAUGUAGCAGAUGUUUUAAACUUUCUAUUUCAUUGUACCUUGUCUAGAUAUUUUAAGUCAGAGGGAUACUGGCUCUCUUGGUUUGAAUUCCUUUCCAAGUUGCCACGCAGGGUGCACAGGCUGGAAGUUUUUUGCGAAAUUCCCAUUUAAAUGUACACAACCAUGUGACUUAGUACACAACACAUUUGUGAAAUAACCCACUCCUAUAUACUGACUGAUCUGCCUAUCCAAGAUUAAUUGUAAAGAGUUUUUGCAUGUACAGUUUUUAUGAGAAUUGCAGUUUUGUGACAAGAAUGACAGUUGUGUCUAAAUUAAAACAUAUCUUUAGAACAAAUGGCCUUAAAUUCUCACCGAAUUCCUGGAAAUGAUUGUGAAUUACCAUUAAGUAAUAGAAAAGUGAAUUUGUUAUUUUCUUUUGUGUCAACAAUGUAACUGCUUUAUAAUAUUUUCCUUACUUAUAUCCCAUUUACUACUUGGUUGAUUUCUACUGUAUGUUGUUCUCUUUGUCCCACGUUGACUUAGGGUGACUUUUAUAAGCAUGAAAUUAUUU